UCAUGGCUUAUAGAAAAUUGAACAAUAGACAUAAAGAUAGACAUUGGGAGUCCCUCAGUAAGUACCAUAUAGUAUUUCUAAGAGAUAAGUGAGAUUUCAAACAUCGAGGUAACCUGGAGAAAUGGGAAAUGAU